AUGGUGCAAAUUAUGAAGAGGGCUGCUUAUACAUACACUACUCGCUCCUAUAACAAUAAGUGCAACGAGCUACGGAACAAAUCUGAGAUCGCCUAUAAUGAAUUGUUGCGGAUGAGUCCAGAAAAUUGGGCUAAUAGCUAUUUUCCUGGGAAGAGAUAUGGAUGGGUGACAUCAAACCUAGCGGAGUCAUUCAAUGCUUGGAUCAAAGAAGCUCGUUAUUUGCCAAUUACCCAAACACUUGAUAAUAUUCGUAAGAAAAUGAUGAGGAUGAGUUUUGAAAGGCGGGAGGCAUCCCACAAGUGGACCACAACAUUUGUUCCUACUGUGGAAGAGCACCUCAUUCAAAUCAAUGAACAAUCACGUUGUCUUUAUGUUAUUCCUUCUACUACGGGAAGUGUGGAAAUAUACCACAAAUGCUACUCCUUUCCUAUAUACCCAAUUCCUUACGAUGACAAGCCACAUGUAGAUGAUGAAAAUAUGGUGAUUCGGCUGCCGACAACAUCAAUUCUUCGUGGAAGACCAAGAACAAAGCGCAUUCCUUCAGGAUUGAAUCCCCAUAAAGAGUUAAAAUAUAGUAGAUAUCAACAGUAUGGUCACAACCGUAGAACAUGUUGA